CUGAUAGUUUAUUAUUCUUUUUCUCCGACUGAUUUCUCGCAUCAGUAUACCGCUCAGCAUGGCUACAACUAGGCUCAGAAAGACUUUCCAGUAUCCUGGAGAUGAAGACGAGGAUGAACUUCCCGAACACAUGGACGAAGAAGAGCAGGAGAAAUUCAUUGAGCAGCUUCGAGAAGAAGACGAGAAACGCAAUGCAUUUUACACUAAAUCUUUCGUUAUCGUCCUACUCUUGCUCAACCUAGCUUAUAUUCAUCCGGUGUACAAUGCUCGCUCUUUUCAACACAUCCUGCUCAGCCUUCUCGGCGUUACGUCCCUGCUCUCAAGCGCAUACAGCCUCUGGUACAUGCCGCUGCGUGCCAAGCCCGAUCCAAAAGGCAAGCGUCCGCUCCGACCGGGAAUGGACUUUGAGGUGGGCGAAUGGGGCGGCGGUCCUAUUGAGCAAUAUCUAGGUGUGUUGAAUGCAGGCCUCUGCGCCUUGCUGGCGCUGGCGGCGGUACGAUUAAAGGGGAGAAGUAGUGCGCCUGACGGGUUUUGGAUAUUAUGCUUACUGCCAGGAGUGGCAUCGGCGUUGGUAUUUACUGCAAAGCGAACCAUGCUCUUAGUCGAUGUGGCUGAGUUGGAAAAUCUGCGAUAUCGAUAUAAAGGCGCCUAGAAUUCCUUUUAUGGGGUGAUCAGGCAAGGGUUGGACAUGGCGUUAAGAUCAUUGGAUAAAUGGUGGCGCAUAUAGACGGGAUAGACUUGAUGCGAUUAUUCAAUUAAGAGACAUCAUCUUAGGAAAGAAAACGAAAAGCGAAUGCAAAGCAGAAUACUGCAAGAAACUGAAAGCGUUUAAAUGGACAGACGAGAGCCUGACCCGUAUUAAAUUCUUACUGGCGCUUCUUCCCUCUUUGCACUAUUACCCAAAGUUGUGUACUAUCUUAUCACGAUAAAUCAUAGAACCUCAUUACGC